UUGCUAGGCUGCCGGUGCGAGAGCGACUACACUCCGGAUCUAUGCUUACUGCAGGGCUUUUCGGUUUGGGAAGCGAGGCAUAAACAGAAUAAGCAUAGCUGGACAACACCUUCAGCACCGCAAAGGCCGGCUUCGCAUGCCCGGGAAUCGAGUCCGGCCGCAGCUGCCUGCCAGGAGCUGCUGCUUCUGGCCGGGCGCGCAGGAAGCAGCCAUUGUUCUCUCGCCCCCGGGUUAGGCAUGAAGCCGCCGCCGGAGCGAGGGAGCAAGCUGCCCGCGAGUCAGCAUCAAACUCUCCUGCCGGCCGUGCCAUAGUCCGGGGAUUAGGUGAAGCCCCGCUUGCCGAGAGUUAUUCCCCGCUUGGAGCGGAGCAGCCGCCACCCAGCAGCCUCCUCGUCUCGGUCGCGAGGCGCAGCGGCUGGCCGCCCGCGAUGACGAGGCCCCUCCUAGAAGGCCGGGCCUGGAAGAGGAGGAGGCGCGGUCGGGCGGCCUGCAGGGCCUGUGCCGCGUUGCUAUGGCGAUCUCGCAGCCCACGGCCAUGGCGGACGAGGAGUCGGAGCGCGACAGCGUCCACACGGGCGAGUCGCGGGAGCUGAGCGAGGAGCUGCACCAGGACCUGGCCCAGUUCUCCAUUUCCCAGCUGGACGGCUUGGUGGAGGAAGCCAGCCAUGACAAUGCCAUGCUCAAACUCGAGACAACAAUGUUUGAGAAGACUUUCAAUCGGCUUGAGCCAAGGGACUUGGUGCUGGAAAAGUUUGGCUCUUUGAUGGACAUGGGACAAGCACAACUUGCACGAGGCAGGCGCAAAUCUAAAUCCCGGUUAACAGCAGAUCGUCUGGUGGGUCUGACGGUGGAACAGAAAUGUGACAUAGCACAACGGGAGCUGGAGGAGACAAAGGAAGACGUUCAGAGGUUAAAGGAGAAUUCAGAAAGGCUGUUGCAGAACUACCUGGCUGUCCUGGAGGAAGCAGACAUCCGCCUAGUUGACAUUAAGAAAGCUGUGCAGGACUUUGACAAAGAUAUAGUCAAAACCAUCACCAAGAAGAAAGGGAGUGUCAUCGCCUCUGAAAAAGUUCUGAGAUACAUGGAAGAUAGGAUACGCUACAGGGAUGUACUGAAAGAGAAAAUUCGUUUGAAAAAUGAUUCCCUGAAAGUCCAGAAGAAGAAGAUGCAAAUGCAGCUCAAGCAGAAGGAGGAACUCGGGGAGGCACUACACGAGGUCGAUUUCCAGCAGCUGAAAAUCGAGAAUGCUCAGUUCCUGGAGAAGAUUGAUGAGCGGAACCAGGAGCUGCUGCAACUGAAGCUGACUGUGGGCAACGCUAUCCAGGUCCUCAAUUUCUACAGAAAGAAACUGUAUACCGCAAUGACCCUGGCCACCAACCUGGUGAAAGAUAUUGCCCAGAGAAAGGAGUCCCUGGAAAAAAUUGAACAUGAGGCCAUCCUCGUUGAGGAGGAACGGUUCAAAGCCGAGGUCCUGAACAAAAAGCUACGGAAACAACUGACAGAGUACAAAGUGCCCCCUGUCCUUGACUAUGUCCAUGAGAAGAUGGCAGUACAUGAACUGGAGAACAUCAUCAAGAUCUGGGAGAGGAAGGUGGAAAUUGCAGAGAUGGCCUUGCGGGGCUACCAGAGUACUUGGCACAAGGCAAAGCUGGCUAGUCAACAGCUGCAGGCUCUUCUCCCAGAGCAAGGGAGCAACUGAGAAGGAGAGAGCUGGACAAAGGCACUUUACCAAGGGCCCAGUUGCCUAGCCUCGGAAGAGAACAGUAGCCCCUGCAGCACAUGCCUCCUGCUUCCUCUGUCUUCUUUGGCUCUCUCUUCCUGACAAGGUAUUUGCACCAGGGUCUCAGGACCCCUGCAGUUGUUGUCCCCUUUCCCUUUCUGUUCCCCUGUGAUGAGUUACUUUAUAAGUCAUCAAUAUAUCUGGCUAUAUUUA